AAAUAUCACUGAUGAUUUCGUUUAUAAAAUAGUAGAAGCAUGUUCUAAAUUAGAACUUUUAUGCAUUGGUAGAUUAAAACAUUAUAAGCCAAUUUCUGAUCAGACGAUAGUUGCAAUAACUCACUCAUGUCCUAAUCUUCACCAUCUCUUUUUAAAAGAUUGUCAUAAUAUUACAGACGUUUCAGUUAAUAGAUUGUUACAACAUAUUUAUAAUUUAGAAUACCUUGAACUUAAUCAGUUCAUUGAUGAAAUUGCACAACAUUGUUCUAGUUUGAAAUUUCUUAGCAUACAGUCGACAAAUAUUAGUAAAGAUGCAUUGAGCAAACUUAAUCCAAAAAUUAAGAUAAAGCGGGAUUUAGUGCUUAACAUAGGGCUAGAAAAAGAACUUAAUGAUCUUUGG